AUGACGUGUGAUUCUAGAUUUACAUUUAGCCAUUUAGCAAUCUGGCAGGGGUUUUGUGUGUGGUGGCAAGGGGGAUGUGGGUCUGAGUAUGCAGUUUAUCUGACCCAUGUCCUCAGCAUGCUGCAUCUCAUUGAGACCUUCUGUGAGAGCGCACCCCAGCUCACACACAUGAUGUACAUCAUGCUGCACUGCAACCAGGGCAUUGAUAUCAUGGACAGCACUGUGGGGGAGUGGCUCUACCGGGCCACCAUGGGCCCUAUCUGGUACUUCAACUGGUUUAACAUUGCAGAAGGGCACAUCAGGAGCAGAAGUGUCAUCUACCAUGCAUUUAUGAUCACCAACAGUGGAAUCCUAUUGGUCACAUGGUGGUUUUCCCAAGAUGUAGUGAUGGCUCAAUUAUUCCUGUUCCGACAGACAGCGCUGCUUUUCAAGUCUUGA